AACAAAAAAAUAUACGGAGUAAUAUAGGAGAGAGAUAGAAAGGAAUGGCACCGGCACAGUGCAAAGGGAAUAUGGAGGGGGAGUAUCAUGCUAUGCUUCCAAACAUAAAGUUCACCAAGUUAUUCAUCAAUGGAGAGUUUGUUGAUUCUCUUUCAGGAAGAAGAUUUGAGACAAUAGACCCGAGAAAUGGAGAAGUGAUAGGAAGAAUAGCCGAAGGGGACAAAGAAGACGUUAACUUAGCCGUCAAAGCCGCUCGCCGGGCGUUUGAUCAUGGCCCAUGGCCUCGACUUUCUGGCACGGAGAGAGGAAAGGCAUUGCUGAAACUAGCAGACUUGAUAGAGGAAAAUGCAGAACAACUAGCAGCAUUGGAUACUGUGGAUGCCGGAAAACUGUUUACAGAUGGGAAGCAUAUAGAAAUACCUUCCGUUGCUGGGACUUUUCGUUACUAUGCUGGUGCAGCUGACAAAAUUCAUGGCACGACCCUCAAGAUGUCUUGUGGCCUCCAAGGAUAUACCUUACGCGAACCCAUAGGAGUUGUUGGGCACAUUAUUCCAUGGAAUUUCCCGUCUCAGAUGUUUGCGAUUAAGGUUGCCCCGGCAUUAGCAGCUGGUUGUACCAUGGUUGUAAAGCCUGCAGAACAGACUCCUCUCUCUGCUCUCUAUUAUGCUCAUUUGGCUAAGCUGGCGGGUAUCCCAGAUGGAGUCCUCAAUGUCAUUACAGGAUUUGGCCCGACUGCUGGUGCUGCCAUUAGCUCUCACAUGGACAUUGAUAAGGUUAGUUUCACCGGGUCGACAGAGGUAGGGCGCCUGAUAAUGCAGGCUGCAGCAACUAGCAAUCUGAAAUCUGUUGCCCUAGAGUUGGGUGGCAAAUCCCCUUUCAUAAUCUUUGAUGAUGUAGAUGUUGAUAAGAUUUCAGAACUUGCUCUAAACGGCGUCACAUAUAACAAGGGUGAAAUAUGUGUGGCUGGCUCUCGUGUGUUCGUCCAAGAAGGAGUUUAUGACAAGUUUGUUGAGAAAGUGGUGCAAAAGGCAAAAGAAAGGGUGGUCGGAGACCCAUUCGAUCCAAAUGUGCAACAAGGACCCCAAGUGGACAAGAAUCAGUUUGAGAAAAUACUAUCAUACAUUGAGAUUGGAAAGAAGGAGGGGGCUACAUUGCUAACGGGUGGCAAUCCAAUUCACAGAAAAGGGUACUUUAUAGAGCCAACUAUAUUCACAAAUGUCAUGGAUGAUAUGCGGAUUGCGAAAGAUGAAAUUUUUGGACCUGUUAUGUCUAUACUAAGAUUCAAGACUACAGAGGAAGUUAUAAAGAGAGCCAAUGACACAAAGUAUGGACUAGCAGCAGGAAUUAUGACAAACAACUUCAACACAGCCAACACAGUUUCAAGAUCAAUAAGAGCAGGCACUAUCUGGAUCAACUGUUAUUUUGGUUUCGACCCAGACUGUCCGUUUGGAGGGUACAAAAUGAGCGGCUUGGAUAGAGAUCUAGGGAUGGAAGGCCUUUACAAGUAUCUUCAAGUUAAAUCGGUUGCUGCUCCGGUUUAUGAUUCUCCAUGGAUGUAAACUUUAUUUAUGCUUCUAAAUUCAGUAGAUUUUUGCAUGAAUAAGAGAUAAUGAUGAUAUAAAACAUAAAUUAUGUACCCCAUAAUAAUGAAAUGUUGUAAUAACAUGAUGUUUGUUAAGAGUAUCCCACAUCGGAAAAGUGUGAGGAAGAUAAUUGGU